CCAAUGGCAUCCAGAAAUCUGUAUGAACAUGUUCAGAUAUUCAACAAGAGAGGAAGAAUGUGUCAAAACCAUGAAUCUCAACACAUAAUGCUCGAUGCUGAAUUAUUACCCUCAGUCCAGCGAUGCCUAAACUCCUUUUUUCUAAGAUCAGAAUCUACGAGUUCAAGGACCUCAUUCGGAACAACAAACAACCAAAACUACUGGAUGUUCUGAUGAGCAAAAAUAAGCAGAAAAACAACAUCAGGUGUGUUUUGAUUCAGAAAUGGACUGACGCUGAUUAUCAACUACAGGAACAUUUAAUGCUUGGGCUAAAGCUAUCCGAUCUGCUAAAAAAUCAAGACUACCUGGCUGCUUUUCGCUCAUUUCUUGAGACUGAGUAUAGUGCAGAGAAUGUAGAUUUUUGGCUGGCCUGCAGGGAAUAUAAAGAGAUCUCACCUGGCAAGUGCUUAUACAGAGCAGCAGAGAUCUAUGAAGAAUUUCUACAUCCUAUGGCCCAAAAGGAGGUCAACGUUGACCAUCACAUUCGCGAGAAGAUCAAGAGAUCCUUGGCAAAGCCUGACCUCACUUGUUUCGACGAAGCAGCGUCACACAUAUACAGACUAAUGGAGGAAGACUCCUGCCCGAGGUUCCACAAGUCUGAGGUGUACCAGAACCUGAGGAACACUGACCGGAACCCUAAAUAGACCUGCUGUCAACGACGAAUUCACAGAGAAAAGUCCCCGUAAGACCCGCCGUACAGAAAGAGAACAUACAAGUACGCACGUGGUUUAGGGGAAGUGAUUUAAAAAGAAUAGAAAGUAUGUGGUGUGGAGUCACAACUUGAAUGAGACGAUAAAGAUUAGAAGAUAAACCAUGUCGCUGAUAACUUACAGUUAUAGGAAAUGCCUUGGAAUGAUGAAAAAUUACAAAGUUUCUCUUUUUGUAUGGGAUAGGCUAUUUUAUAAAGUGACUUUCAUUUUAAACAGGUGAUUUUUAAAGGGCAUUUCUGUACGAUGCCAGUAAAUAAUGUGUUUAGGUGUUAAAAUUGUGCCACCUGAAUAAAAACAUACUGUAUACCCUCAGAAAAAUACAGUAACAGGGUUGACAGUUUUAUAGAUUUGACAUACAAACCUUGUUCUCAAAGUCGUUAAAUUACAAAGUUUUAUUUAAAAAAAGAAUUGAAUUCUAAUAGUUCCACCAAUUACAACUUUAUGGCCAGUUUCACAAACAAGGCUUAGCUUAAGCCAGGACUAUGCCUUAGUUAAAUUAGACCUUAGAAAAAAACAGUUGGUGUGCAUCUUGAGACAAAACAAUGGCACUAACAUAUUGUAAGAUAUUUCGGGGAAAGUUAUUUCCAUUUCAGACAGCUCGAACAUUCAUUUUAGUCUGGGACUACACUAAAGUCUUGUCUGUGAAACCAAGCAUUGAACAGUCAACUGAAAGGUCUUCCUCCACUUCCUGGAAAGACUAUGCUUUUUGUAGUGGAAAAAGUACUUCAAGUGGGACCUUGAUAAUAUACUGAAUAUAAUGAUGAUUAUAACAGGGUUGAAAAAACCCUCUUUAAAUGACAAUGAAUCUUUAUGUACUGUCUUUUUGUUCUAUGGGUUCUUCCAGUCAUUAAAUACCUAGGCCUACCGUGACAGCUUGAGGACGUGAGGGAACAUCGCGGCACUUUCUGAUGGAGAUGAUUCAAAUAGUAAAUGAACUAUAUUUACGUUGCUGUAGGACAUUGAGUGCGUUUACAUGCACAGUCUUACUCCGAUUAUGCUUAAUAUGCUGAUAACGUGUAAAGUCGUGUAAACGCGUAAAACGGUUUUCUUUUAUCGGGGAAAGAUCAUAAACGGCGAAAGCAAAACCCGCUCGGCAGAGGUAGUUUUUUGCCCAUUACUCCGAUUUUGCGCUGCAUGUAAACGCCUUUACCGGUUUUCUCUCAGCUUUGUUUAUCUGCGCAUGUCUGACAGUGCAUUAGUAAAAGUUCCAAAUGGAAGUGAUACUAAAUAACGCAUAAACGUCCGCUCUCGAAUCAUGCAGUUGAUGUAGAAACGGCAAAACGAAAAACUAUUGUUGCAUAUGCUGGUUCUGCGGACGAUAAUAAGAGAUAUAUAAAAACAGCUUCUGACCGUUUUCCCGCUGCAUUUUUAAUUACAAAACAGACUAUCGAUGGUGACGUCACUGCAUGCGAGAAACCUGUCAAGUCUCAAACUUCCAUGUAAACGCGGUUUUCUUCGUAUCCGGUUUAUUACUAUGCAUGUAAACACAGGAAAACAGGUUUCUUUUAUAAGCUGAUUUUUGAUAGAUAUCUGUUUAUUUUGUGCAUGUAAACGCACUCAUUGACAAACACUGGGACGAUGUUUUCCGCAGUCUGUGAAUAAUUGUGUUUUGGUCACAUGUUUGACCUGAGCAAAUCAAUACUGAUUAAGGAAAGAGACAUAGCCAUAAAAUAUAAAAUACAUUAAUAAUCUGUGUAAUAAACCUCUUGACCCCACCGUGACAAUGACUUAUAGUUCAUCCAAAAAUGAAAAUUCUGUCAUGAAUUACUCAACCUCACGUUGUUUCAAACCUGUAUAAAUGUCUUUGUUCUGUUAAACACAAAGAAAGAUAUUUAGAAAAAUGUUAGCAACUGAGAUUUCUGGGGCACCAUUGACUACCAUAGUAGAAAAAUGUAAAUGGUAGUCAAAAGUGCUCCAGAGUUGUUUGUUUUUCACAAAUUCUUUAAAAUAUCCAUAUGGCGCAACUGUGCCCUGGGAGAGCAGAGUUCAAUCUUGGCUUGGCCUCCUUUCCUGAUCCUACACCUCCCUGUCACUUCCUGUCUCUUUCCACUAUCCUCUAAUUAAUAAAGGCAACAAAAAAAAAUCUAACUUUGUGUUCAACUGAAAAAAUACAAAAAACAUUUUUCUACUAUGGUAGUGACAGGUUUGAAACAACUUGAGGGUGAGUUAAUAAAGAGAUUCAAGGCUUAAAAAGGCAACCCAAAGCUGCUAAGAAUAACUAAAUGUCUGAUUGACUUAAAACUCCACCAUCACAAUGUCAGGAUGUCUGAUGCGUGAAAUAUUUCCUCAAGCAUGUCAUUCUCAGCAAAGGUGCAGUUGCUGGGAAUUUCUGUCCUCUUUUAAAUGAAAAAUCACAUUGGUGUAAUUGUUAUGUUAUAUUAUGUUUAAUGUUUAUUUUAAUAUAAACAUGAUGUACACUGUAAGACUUUGCUGUAAUUUCGCAGCAGGUUUGCCAGUAACUUACUGUAGAUUGUACAAUUUUGUUUCAAGCAUAAACUUACCUAGUUUAUAUAUUUUUCUUUCAUAAAACAAGACUAAAUAUCUUGGGU